AUCAUUUUUUUCAUGCUUGCUUUACAAUAUGUAGUCAUGCUUGCUGCCCAAUUGUUUCUUUUGUAGUUUUGUUUGGUUGUUUGCCUAGAGACAAUCUCUGGUUGUAAGGUGUUCUGCUUGGGGUUGUUUCUCUUUGUUUGUACAGUUAAUUCUUUUGUCAAUUAACCAUAGGAGGACGGUAAUUAUGCAAGUAGAUUUCUAUAAUAAAUUUGGCUCUAAUUGUCUAAAUUAGAAUCCCUCAUCUUUAAGCAAGAGUAAGAGAGCCUCGCUCUCACUAUUCUUGUGUUAUAUAUUCAUGUCUAGUCUUACUCUUUCUACAAUUCUCUAAUGUGUAAUGGAAUUUUAUUGUUAUUGGAAUCUACUUAUUAACAAAUUCUUACAUUUUUUCAUUCAAUUAACUUAUAGUCCUUUUUAAUAUAACACUUUCCUAAAUGGACUCUUCAAGUUCAUGAUUGGAUAACGAGGGUGAAUUUGACGAUGCUUUAACCCAUCAAGAUGACUAUCAAAAUGGAUAGUUUUUUCACUUUUGUUUGAGUUAUAGUUUUGUUUUGACCCACUAAGAUGGUUGUCUUUUUUUUCUUUCUUUAUUAUUAUUCUAGGCUUUUUUAUAAACACAAACUUUGUAUUUUUUUUUGGAUAGAUGUGGGUAAAAAAAUUGAAAAAUCGAAGGAUUUAAUGACGUUUAUUUCAAAUGAAGAGUUGAAUGGUGAGGAAGAAAAUGUGGUACUACUCGUGGUGUUAAAGGAUGAUGAGAAAGUUGAAAAACUGAAGGCAUCAAUGGCAUUUAGUUUAAUAGAAGAAGUUUGAUCUUAUUACAGAAGGUAUGCUAAGCAAGCUGGUUUUGGUAUAGCGCAUAGAAGCUCGAGAAAAAAGAAAGGUAUAAAGGGUUACGUAGUGCUUAUAUGUACUCAUGGAGGUCCAGAGCGAACUAGAACUGGUGAUUUUGCGAAGUCAACUCCAGAAACUAAUAGAACAGGGUGUGGUGCUAGGAUUUGUGCAAAUUUAUGUGAUGGUGGAACAUGGUUUUUGAGUAAAGUUGAGUUGAUGCAUAAUCAUUCGUUAAGUCCAGGCAAAGCAACAUUUUUUAGAAGCAAUAAGAAAAUAGAUGAUGCUACGAAAAGAAGGCUUGAGCUAAAUGAUAGAGUAAGAAUACGUUUGAGUAAGAAUUUUAAUUCAUUAGUUGUUAAAAGUGGGGGGGUUUGAGAGUCUUUCCUUUGGAGAGAGAGAUUGCCGGAAUUAUAUUAGCAAGGCAAGAGAACUCCGUCUUGGUAAAGGACACUUUAUGAUUAUUUCAGUAGAAUGCAAAAGCAAAAUAGUGGCUUCUACUUUAUGAUGGAUAUGGACGAUGAUUGUAGGUUACAAAAUGUUUUUUGAGCUGAUGCACGGAGUAGGGCAGCGUAUGAUUUCUUCGGAGAUGUUAUUACGUUUGACAUAGCGUAUUUGACCAAUAGAUAUGACAUUACAUUUGCUCUUUUUGUAGGAGUGAAUCGUCAUGGUCAAUCUAUAAUUUUAAGGGCAGGACUAAAUUCAAGCGAGGAUACAAACACAUUUGUGUGGUUGUUUUAAUCUUGGUUGGAGUGCAUGAACGGUCAAGCCCUAAAGCAAUUAUAACAGACCAGGAUAGGGCUAUGAAAAAUUCAAUCGCUAUUGUUUUCCUUGAAAGUCGACAUAGAUAUUGUAUGUGGCACAUUAUGAAAAAAUUUCCAGAAAAAUUUGGAUCACAUUCUAAUUUUGAUGACAUUAAGAAUGCCCUAAAUAAUUGUUUGUAUGACUCUCAAACAUGUGAAGAAUACGAAGGAAAUUGGAAAGAUCUACUGGAGAAGUAUAAUCUUCAUGAUAAUGCAUGGUUGCAUGGGUUAUAUAUGGAGAAAACAUUUUGGGUGCUGGCAUAUAUGAAAGAUACGUUUUGGGCAGGAAUGAAUACUACGCAGCGAAGUGAAAGUAUGAAUGCAUUUUUUGAUGGUUACAUACACUUACAAACCACAUUGAGAGAAUUUGUUGAUGAAUAUGAUGCUGCUUUAAGGAGAAUAGUCGAGAAUGAGACACGUGCUAAUUCGAUUCUUUCAAUCGUACAAUCCCAUGUAUAACCGCCUUGCAAUUAGAGAAACAGUUUCAAGUUGUUUACAUAAAUGCGAAGUUCAAAGAAGUGUACGAGCAGUUUGUGAAAAUAAUGUCUUGUAACAACUCUCUUCUCAAAAGUGAAGGUGUGAUUUCUAUCUUUGAAGUUAUUGAAUAUGUUGCCGUUAGAGACCACUUAAUAGAAAAGACAUUUCUUGUUUACUUCAAUGAAGAUGAAUUAGAAGUGAAGUGCACAUGUGCAUUGUUCGAAGUAAAAAGCAUCUUAUGCAAGCAUUCACUUUCCGUGUUACGGACAAAGAAAGUGACAACUUUUCCACAAAGAUUUUUCUUGACAGAUGGAGGAAAGAUAUUUAGCAAGAAUACUCGAAGCUUAAGAGUAGUUAUGAUGCCGUUGAUGAUAAUCCUAAUGCCAAAAUACAUGACAAGUUGAGAAACAAUUUUGAAGAAUUACUAUUGCUCACAUCAGUAAACAUGGAGAAACGUUGCAUGGAACUAAUGAAAAGAAUUGAUCAGUUAAAGAAGUUGUGGCGUUGCGAAAGUCAAUCUUCCCAUGGCAUUCCAGCUACUGUCGCAUCUUCUAUCUGUAAAAAAGUGCUUAGUCCUAUGAAGGUUAAACGUAAAGGAAAGUCACCAGUUAAGAGAAAGGUGGUUGUUAUAAAAACGGUGGUCAAGAAAUCCAAAGUAUCAAGCAAGCCACCAAGAGACAACAACGCUAAAAAGAAGAGACGAAAAAUUCAAGCCUCCAAAUCAACGAAAAAUGAAGACAACACUUGUCAAGCUCCAUUGCCUUCAGCAGCUCACGAUCAUAGUACUCAGGAUUUCAUCACUUCAUCAUCGACAGUUGCUCAAACCUUGGGCGGUCACCAUAAUUCUAUUCUUUCUCAGGUUGAUAUACGGUGGGUCUUGACUUUGGAUCCUCUCCCUUUGAGCCAAGAAGUAUUGCUCCAGCUGUUGUGGCUAUUACCCUAUUGUAUCAAUAUCAACCCAGCAAUAAUAAUUGCUUGGAUGACAGACAUUUUUAAUUCUAUAAUCCCAACUGAUCCGGCAAUUGAAAUGCAUGUGCGACCCAUCUUCAAUGAAGUCUAUGCCGCACUCAACCAUCCAAGUGUCUUGCCCACAAUUACCAAUGUUGUGCGGUUAAUUAUCCGUCUUUUGAUGAAGUCAUUACUUCCACCUUGAGACCAAUAUAAUAGUUAAUGAUAUUUGAUGUACAUUUUGGUUGUCGUUAUGUUUUCUUGAGACCAAUAUAAUAGUCAUGUUUUAUAAUAUGUAUAUGUUUUUUUGCAAAGGUAAAAGGGAUAUUUUGUGUGGGAGUUAUAAUGGAGCUGGCUUUCAAAUGGACUCCUGGAUGUACUAGAAAAGAUUGACUCCAUUCUUUUUUUUUUCUUUUUUUUUUUUGGUGGUUCUU